AUGGCUCCGAUCUGUGGCAUCGGCGCAGCCGAGUCAGUGCCCCUGAAGGACGAGAGGAUCUUGAAGCGAAAGGUCGUCUUCCGGGACCCGCCGCUGUGCCCCUGCGCGCACGCGUGCAGCCUGCGGGGCUGUCCCUUCCGCCACGACCGGCGGCUGCUGCCGGAGAUCACGCGCGUGCCGCCGCCGCAAGGAGCGUUUGGAAGCUCGCGCUGCGGCAACGACGACUGCUACGCCCCGGCGGCCAAGGGGAAGUUUUGCUGCAACCCCUGCGAGGCGGAGUUUCGCGGGGGCCUGCGGCUUUUCACCCCCUGCCCGGCGCACAGCGGGCCCUGCCGGGCGGCCUCCUCCUCCCGGCAUUGUGCGGCCUGUCCGGGCGAGGACGGCGACGCGCGCGCUGGAGGUGCCAAGCGCAGGAGAAGCUGA